AUGCCUUGCUCUCCUCGUCUUCUCCUCCCUAUCUCUUUCUCUUCCUUUUCCUCGGUCUCUACGCUCUAUGCCUUAAGCAUGAUCGUCCAGCUUUGGAUUCAACAUGAAGCAACUGUUAGUGAAGGUAUCAUGGAAUCAUCUGUUCAAGUGCUUGGAUCUUUAAUCAUAUUGUCUGUUUACGAUGUAACAAAGUAUUUGGAUGAUCACCCUGGAGGAGAUGAUGUUCUCAUAUCGGCUACUGGCAGAGACUCAACAGAAGAAUUUGAAGACGCAGGGCACAGCAAAACUGCCAGAGAACUCAUGAAAGAUUACUGCGUGGGAGAGAUUGAUAAAUCUCAUGUAAAUGUGAUUUCUGAGCUUGAGAUAUUCACAAAGGAAAAACCUUCGAACUAUGAAUUGUUCAAUAGUCCCACAUUGCUUAAUUGGCUUCUGCCUGCAGCAUUAGUUGGCCUUUCUGUCUUGGCAGCUGCAGUUUUCUAUACACGGAAGAAGUGAAGAGUUUUGGAAUGAUUCAAACAUAUUUGCAUUUUUGACCCUAUAGAAAGCAUUAUGUAAUUCUUAAUCUCAAAUAUGAGAAGAUUUUUUUUACAUGCAUAUUCUUGAUAGAACUGUGUUAUAGAUUCUUGUCCUGAUAUGUAUGUUUAUACAAUUACCAAUAUAAUAUGGGAAGAUUUGCAUA